AUGAGCGAGGAAACAGCCCCAGAAGAAAAACUUAGCGAGGUAAAGUUUGUGAAUGGAACUUUCUUAUGUAGAUUUUGAGCUAACGGUUUCGUUUUUCCUUAUUCUCUGUUUUUGCAGCUCACCGAAGAGCAGAAGUUGGAACUGAAAUUUCCAGGGAAGAAACCAGUUGCCACUGAUAUUCUGAAAAAGAGAAUGCAGAGAGGGGUAUUAGUCUUAAAUAUAAUAUUUACCUAUAUGUAAGGUGGAUGUUAAGACUUUUAGAGCGUGUAAUAAUUUUUGACGCUCAGAUCAUAUUAAACGGACAAAAUCGACUUGUUUAUUUCUCAUAUUGUGCUUAUCCUCUACUAGGUCAAAUAUUUCGAUUCUGGUGAUUAUGCGAUGGCAAAAAGCGAGAAAAAAGGAGGCCCUGCAGCCGCCAUUAAUAGAGGAAAUUCAGGAAAACCCCUUCCGUUGCCCCUUGGAGUGGGUAAAGCUAUUCCAACACCAGAGAACAUUCCACAUCCACACAGGAAAACUUCAGUGCCGAGUAAGUUACUGGAAACUCACGAUCAACCGCAGGUCGGGGUAACGCAGUUGUGACAUCUGUGCUGCAGUAGGCAACACUGAACUUCAGUGACUUCCAUGUGCGGGCAGUUUGCCACUAAGACGAAUUUCAUUUUCUAGGUUGUUUUUAUACCUCACAUGCUGCACGAAUUUCAUACCACGCCAUGUUGGUUUAUACCAUGCAGAGUUAGAAUUUUUUUAAAAAUUACUUGGUAAAAUUGUAGAAUAUAGAUUUUAGAUCGAAUUUGUAUACCAUGGUAUAAAACAGCUAUUUGGUUGUACAUGUAUUCAGUGGAUAUGACUUUGAAAUAGAGUGAAGCAUACAAGUGAAAUUAAAAGUUAAGUAUCAUUAAACUUUUCCAUGAAGAUGUCACAUAAAUCUCAAGGUUGAGUGGUUGAAAUACAACAGAAAUAUUCUGGUUGCCUGCAAAGAGUCAUACUUGGACCAACUGCUUGCUUUUGAAUCACCAAACUCCAGAGCUUCAUGGAGUCUAUGUGGCGAGUUUGUUCAUUUUUUAAGCUCCAUGUGUUUUUACAUUCCUCAUGCUGCAUAAUAAUUUACCAGAAUCAAGGCGGUUAUCAAGUUGAAGUUUGGUCCAAUAAGUCAGAGCAAGCAAUGGCUAAUGUUAAGCUCAGUAAAUGUCCCGUAGAGGAUGCUUACAUGUAUGGAUAGGUGAAAAAGAACCAUGGUUAAGAAGCAAAGGGGAAGUCACAGGAGACAGGUGGUUUACUCACCUGUUUGCCUUAACAUUUAAAGCAAAGGUUCUACAGCUUCGUUGUUGUUAGGCUGGGUCACCACAGGGCUGCUAUCAACAUUAUUUUGCAAGUUCUAUGUAUAUGUUUACAGGUCAAAUUGUAUUUGGGGAUGAUUGAUUUAACCUACAAUUCAUGACAUUAGAACUUGGAUUACUAACAUUAACAUGUUGCAGCUCCUUUUCCUUCUCCCUUUAUAUGUUGACCUUGAAAUUAGACAAAUCCACAAAAAAACUAUUGCCAAGUAACAUGGGAAGGGUGAAAGUGAAGUACAUGUACAGGAGCUUUGUGACCCAAGUUAGGUGUUCCUGAUUUUAAGACCAAGGUUAAAAAAAUUGAUCCUAAAAAUGAAAUUGGACCUGUAAUGUAUGCAACUGUAUGGAGAAAGAUAGUUUAGGGUAAAAAUGUUUUGCCUAGUGAAGAACACAAGGGAAUAGGCAUUGUAUGAACUGUUACUUCACUAACCAUUACACUUGACCCUGCACCUGCAAUGUUGCUCUCAUGGGGUACCUUUCUACUGAUCUCUGGAGAAAUCCUUGAGGAGCCUAAUGUCUAGCCAGUUGCUGCUGUGUUAAUGAGCUAUAGUUUGCUGUUUCCUUGCAGCUAAGCAGCUGUUGGAGCAUGUGUAUGUCAUUGGUUUGACUGUUAUCAGGGACUCACAUGUUUUUCCUUUGAAUUCCUGUAAUGCCUAUGACAAACUGAGAACUGUUUGUUGCAGGCCGCAUUGA